CUUCAUUGAGGGCUGAGUGGAGAGAUGGACCCGGAUCCCUCCUAUGCUUGCACUCACAUUAAAUCGUCAAAUCGUCAAAUUUCCUGGUCACAUUGCCGACUUGAUUACUGCAUUACACACCAAUCCAAUGCCAGCCCCAUGAGCUUGUGAAAACCAAGGUAAACUGUGAUCAAGCUGCCUGGCAUUGAGGUUUUGAUUCAAACACAAAGACCUCCGGCCCUCAGGCCUAUUCUGUUCAAUGCUCGAUGCCAACCCUUCAUUCCCACCAAUUCCUUGUUAAAGCUUGAGUCUUAACUCCCCCUGCCUUGCCUUUUCAGUGCUCAGCCUCAUUGGAAAGAGGGAGAAAAGAAUAUAAGGGCCAAGAUGGAUUCAUCCAAUGGUUUGAAUCGACCGCUGGACAUUGUACCAAUCACUGAUGAGAAGAUGAAGGACAGGGGCCAGUGGAGUAAUAAACUGGAGUUUGUGCUUUCAGUAGCUGGAGAAAUUAUUGGAUUAGGGAACGUGUGGCGCUUCCCUUACCUCUGUUAUAAAAAUGGAGGAGGUGCUUUCUUCAUCCCAUACUUAAUUUUCCUCGCCACUUGCGGAAUCCCAGUGUUCUUUCUAGAGACAGCACUGGGGCAGUACACCAGUGAGGGGGGAGUUACCUGCUGGAGGAAAAUCAGCCCAUUGUUUGAAGGAAUCGGUUAUGCAACUCAAGUCAUAGUAGCCUUACUGAAUAUCUAUUACAUAAUCGUUCUGGCCUGGGGGAUCUUUUAUCUGUCCUUUUCCUUCUCUUGGGACCUGCCAUGGUCCUCCUGCAACAACACCUGGAACACAGAUAAGUGCAUGGAAUUUCAGCGAAGGCACGAUUCCAUCGACCAGAGUCAUAUGGAGAAUGUAACCUCCCCAGUUACUGAAUUUUGGGAGAGAAGAGUCUUGCGGAUUUCCUCGGGUAUCGAUGAAAUUGGAGAGCUGCACUGGGACAUGGUCAUGUGUCUGCUGCUUGCAUGGAUUCUUUGCUACUUCUGCAUUUGGAAGGGCGUCAAGUCUACUGGAAAGGUGGUUUAUUUCACUGCGACCUUUCCAUAUUUAAUGCUGCUGAUUCUGCUAAUCAGAGGGAUUACAUUGCCGGGGGCAUCACGGGGCAUCCAGUUUUAUCUUUACCCUGAUCUAGGACGUCUGGCUGAUCCACAGGUAUGGAUGGAUGCAGGAACACAAAUCUUUUUCUCUUAUGCCAUCUGUCUGGGCUGUUUGACAGCACUUGGUAGCUACAAUAAAUACAACAACAACUGUUACAGAGAUUGUGUGGCGUUAUGCUUCCUGAACAGUGGCACAAGUUUUGUGGCUGGAUUUGCAAUUUUUUCUAUCCUGGGUUUCAUGUCUUUUGAGCAAAACGUCCCUAUUUCAGAGGUAGCAGAAUCAGGCCCUGGAUUGGCUUUCAUUGCUUAUCCACGUGCUGUUUCCAUGAUGCCUUUCUCUCCUCUGUGGGCCUGUUUUUUCUUCAUUAUGAUUGUGCUGCUCGGCCUGGACAGUCAGUUUGUCUGUGUGGAGAGUCUGGUGACGGCGGUAAUCGACAUGUACCCGUCAGUGUUUCGUCGUAAAAACCGCAGAGAACUUCUGAUCCUUGCUGUGGCCCUCUUCUCCUUUCUCAUGGGAUUGAUCAUGCUGACAGAGGGUGGUAUGUAUGUCUUCCAGCUGUUUGACUACUAUGCAGCCAGUGGGACAUGCCUUCUCUUUGUUGGCAUUUUUGAGACUAUUUGCAUUGCUUGGGUUUAUGGUGCUGAUCGUUUUUAUGACAACAUUGAGGACAUGAUUGGUUAUCGACCUGGACCCUACAUUAAGUACUGCUGGUUGUUCCUGACUCCAGCCACUUGUUUAGGUACCUUUGCCUUCUCUUUGAUUAAGUAUACUCCAUUGAAGUACAACAAUGAGUAUGUGUAUCCAUGGUGGGGUUAUACAUUGGGCUGGCUUCUGGCUUUGUCAUCCAUGGUCUGUAUCCCUCUGUGGAUCGUAUAUAAGAUGGGCACUGCCAAAGGAACGCUAAGAGAGAGAUUCCAUGAGCUGACCAAGCCAUCCCCUGAUCUGCCCAUAACACGGCAGGAGCAGGAGAAACUACAGGUUAUAUUUGUUGCUGAUGGGGAUGGUCUUCCACUGAGAAGAGUUUCUACCAAGGAUGGAUACUUUCCCGUCAGUGAGAAGGAAUCGCAAUGCUGAAUGCCUCAAUGGCAAGAGACAAUGCAGGAUGUUUAUGUUACUUUUAAAGUGGUCCUCGAAUGCCUUUUGUUUAUACCUCACACUGCUGAUGACAACCAAAUAGCAGCAACCGAGAGGAAUGAAAACCUUUUAAGUGGAUCUUAGAAAAGGCUAUAUCGCCCUCUAUGGGCAACUUUUCGGUUAACAUACUAUUUUCUCCACAGGGAGGGGGCCAAUAGCCUUUUAGUAAGCAGUGCAAUUUUUCAUUAUAAAAAUUUUUUAAACCAUUAAAAGUUACCUAGUCCUUGUUAAUGUCUGUGGGUUCCAUGGCUUAUGUUUUUUUCCUUUCACUUCAGAAACAUGGAAGUAGAUGAAUUGGUUAUGUAAAAUUAUCCUAAGUGUGAACAAGUGUGUAAGUAGUAUGCAUAGGGUCCAGUAACAUGCUGGUAUCGGGUUAAGGUUUGUCCCCAUCAAGUACAUAGUUGUGAUGUGGAUGUUCUUUGGAUUCACUGCAAAUAUGACCAGGAUAAAUGGAUGCUAUAUAUUUUGCCUAAUAGUUUUAGAUACAACCCUAGGUGGUGUAAUCUGGGGGUUUGAGUUAUGGACAAUGAUCUAGAAUACAGGAAGUGGUAGCUCAGAGGUUAAGACAUCGGACUUCUAGUUGGACAGUUCGGAAGUCCAAAUCCAUGCACCACCAAGCUGCCAAGCUGCCACUGCUGGGUCUUUGAGCCAACCCUAUAACAAAUUAUAUGAUUGGUAGUCACUUUGUGUCUUCCAAAAUGCCAUAAAUGUAAAUGAUUCAUCAUUUUACAUACUUUUUGGUAGAGUUGGUAGAUUAUUUAAAGUUGAUUAUCCCUGAAGGAAGUAUAGACGAGUGUCAGCCACAAAUCAUGUCGUAAAAUUACAUUUUGUAAUUAAUACCCUAUAUAUAAUUUAAUCGUUCGAAAUAUAACCUUUAUACAGAUUGUAAUUUUUUUGAUCUAAUUAUACUAAAUCUCUAUGGAUCUAUAUUGAUAUACACUGACUAGGCAUAACGGUAUGGCCGCUCUUCAGGCAUAACAUUAUGACCGCCUGCCUAAUACUGUGUUUGUCCUCCUGACCCUUUAAACAUUUUCGCCAUUAACUUCUUCAGCAAAUUGAGCUACCGGAGCUCAUCUGUUGGAUCGGACCAAACGUGCCGGCCCUCGCUUCUCGCGUGCAUCAGUGAGCCUCAGCCGCCCAUGGCCCUGUCGCCGGUUCACCACUGUUCCUUUCUUUGUGCACUUUUGAUAGAUACUGAACACUGCAGAACAGGAACAUCCCACAAGAGCUGCAGUUUUGGAGAUGAUCUCACCGUCUGACCGCUCAAAUCCUUACGCGAUUUUUCCUGCUACUAACACAUCAACCUUGAGGACAAAAUAUUCACUUGCUGUCUAAUAAAUGUAUCCCACUUAUUAACAGGUACCAUGAUGAAGAAAUAAUCAGUGUUAUUCACUUUACCGCUUAUAAUGUUAUGAGUGAUCGCUGUAUGUGUUGUUAUGGUUUAUUUUUAUUACGUUACCCCAUACACAGUUUAAUUGUGUCUUUAUAUUUGGAAUUUACUCUCCAGUAGGAGUUUACUGGGAUUAAAAAUUAAAGCCAGUGAAAUUUAUUCACACUAACUGGCAUAGUAAUAGAAUUUUAAUUCGACCAGUAAUAGAGAUUUAUACAUACUUUUUACGUUAGAACAGAAAAUAUGUUGUGAUACUUUUGUGAUACAUGAACAUGAAACUGUAAACUGGAUAUACCAGAUACCAAUUAUUUAAAAAUGCAUGAACAAAUUAAUUCUUAAAAUAAGUUGCAUACUCUAAAAGUAUUUCAGCCUAGACUAAGCAUUGCUAUUACUAAAGUAUGUAGGACUGCUAUUUCCUGAUUAAAAAAAAAAAAGAUCUGCCAAAUACUGUGGUGAAUGUUUUUUUUUUUUUCCCAAUGUUUAAUCUCUUGUGCAAGACCCUGUACUAUAACUGUAUUCUGUAAAACAACAUAAAUAUUGCUCUCACUCUUGGCAAAAAGUGCGUAUUUGCAUUAUCAAUAUUGUGUUGUAAAGUGUUCUGAUGAAAAUGUAAGUAUAUUUUUUCCAUGUGAAUGGAAAACAAUUUAGCUAACAGAUGUUUUUUUUUUUUCCAAAUAUGCUGUGUAAAUAUGUUCACACUUUCAUUCUUCUUUCUGAAACACGGUAUAGAGUAUAAUAUGUACAGAACGAUCACGUUUAUGUGACAAUUUCAUUUUGUAUGUUCCAUUUCAUUGUUAAUGAGUCUGAAGUACCCAGAUUAAAAUGCAUUUCAUUUCUAA